UCAAAUUUCAGGGAGGAACCUACACCAACUAUUCGAUGGCUCUAUGCUGAAUUAGACACAAUACCCGGAUCUCAUACAGAAGUGCAAGGUGCAGAAGUGAGCCGAUGUGAAAUGAAUGGUGGUGUGAAGAGUCCUAAAGUCUUCAUCCACAACAGAGACGAUCAGUUUCUCAUCGUCCUCCCCAGAGGUACCGUGUACUUCAAAAUCAAAUGGACAUGCUAUCUUCAACCGAUCUCAAAUUCCGAGCCCAUGAACGUUGUGAACGAGCGUACAUUCUCAUCAAAGCAGUCUUCUUGGAAGAGAGGAAAACUUCACAGCGAUUCCUCCCUAGACCGAAACGAACAUGACGAUGAUGUCGCCGCAGCAGACGAGAGGAGGUGCUCAACGCCACCGUUGAUGACGUCGACACCGUACACGACCCUGGAGAGAAAAGACAGAAACCAAAUGGAAAUGCCCAGUGAUGGACGUGAAUUGAGGCAAUCACAAUCGGUACCGUCUAUUCUCUGCGGCCACGCCACUACCGCUGUUGCAUCGGAGGUGAUUGUUUUCCAACUUGAACUUGAAAUUUAUUCCAAAUUUGCCUUCAUAAUCGUUCAAUGGAAUCCAGUUCGCCGUCCUAAUCUGUGA